UUCCUUUUUUCCUUGCAAUGAAGAUUACAGAGAUGAUCCGAACUGAUAAAGUGGGCGCGAAGCCCACAAAGAAAACCCCUCUCUGUCCUCUCUCACUCUCUACUUAAGACAACAGGUUUCUCUUCACAGCAUAACUUCUUCUGUUGCACAUCUUUUUAUUGAAAUUUCCUACCUAUUUUAUAUCAAUUUCCCAUCUUCAAAUCUCCUUGUAAAUCUAUCUAUCCCUCUUUUCCUUCUUAAUUCGUGAUUCCUUUAACAACGGGGUGAAAUUGAACCGUCUUUCAUAAGAGAAUUUCAUCGAAUUUCAUCACUCCGUCGCAUAUACCUCCGGCCCUAGUUUCAUUUCCUCAAUUUUUGUGUUUGUGUUUUGUUUUCUCGGAGCCGAUCUCAAUGGAGUCGCCGACGCCGGUCUCCCGAUACGUCGCCCAGAGCAACAAGAAAAGGGUGUUUUCGUCGUCGGUGUUUGAAGAUGAUGUCGAUGAUGUUAUGGAGAUACCUCCUCCGCCUUCUUCGAUCAAUCGCGGCUCGAGGUCGAAAUCUUCGAAGAAGAAAGAGAAGGUGAUUUCUAAUGAAAUAAUAGAUGUCGACCUCGAAGAAGAUGAUGCCGAAGUGUUGCACUUUGAGGGGAAAGGCAAAGGCAAGGAAGCUUUGUUGGAUUCUUCGCCGAGCCUUCGUAAUUUAACGAUUGACGGAUCUGGAAGUGAUACUCCGAAGUCAAAGCAUGAAACUGUUGAUGAUUUCAAUCCUAAUUUCUCUUCCGGAGAGGAUGACUUCAUGGAUAAAUAUUAUGAUGACAUAGUAUAUGAUGAUUCCGCAGUCUUGGAAUCACAUUUUGAUCAUAUGAAUAUUCCGUCUGGAGUUGAAGCACCAUUUCCUUGGUUAUCAGCUAGUUCAACUUCACAAUAUGAGUUUAACGAUGCUCAUAUUUCUCAAGACUCGUAUGUGCACCAACCGUUGCAAUCCAAAAUUCAGGCUGGUGGUCGGACAACAUCGAAAUCAAGGAUGGGUGGUCAAGCAGCGAGCCAGAAACCGUGGUCUGGGAUUGGUCCCAAUGUAAAAAAAACUGCGACUCCUUCCAGUAGCAGUACAGAUUAUUUUGCUUGGAAAUACCCUGGUGGUUCCCUGCCUCCUGGUAGUAGUUUACCAUCUUCAAGGACAAGCAAAAGGUCGCGUGUCAAUGCAAGUUCAACCAAUUCUUUUUCUUCAGCAAAAAUGUAUGGAAGUAGUUAUCACAGCAGCGGCUAUCCAACUCUAAACAUGCAUGCUAGUGCACCGGGAGUGGGAAUGCACGUGCCUAUGUGGUCAAAUCCACCCCUGCAAAUCUCAGAACCUCCUAUUGCCCCGUCUACAUUUACAACUGGAAUUGCAUAUACGCCCAUAGUGCCAGAUUACUCUAACAACCAUAUGACACCACCUUCUGCCAGAGUAGAUAAGAGAAGUGCGGAUGAGAUACAACGGGACUAUGUAUCUUUCAAGAGCUUCGAUAUUGUUGACGAUUAUUCGGAUCACCACUUCGCCAAACAUGCUCCCUCAGCAAGAUUGGCACAAAAGAACUGGGCGAAGAGAAUACAAGAAGAAUGGAAGAUAUUGGAAAAAGACUUGCCAGAUACGAUCUUUGUGCGGGCGUACGAAUCAAGGAUGGAUCUUUUGAGAGCGGUCAUUAUAGGAGCCGAGGGAACUCCAUACCAUGAUUGUCUCUUCUUCUUCGACGUAAUGUUUCCCAGCAAUUAUCCCAAUGUUCCUCCGAAAGUCCAUUACCAUUCUGGCGGCCUUCGUCUGAAUCCCAAUUUGUACAAUUGUGGAAAAGUAUGCUUGAGCCUUCUCAAUACCUGGGGUGGUAACGGCCAGGAGAAAUGGAUUUCUGGAGUUUCAACGAUGUUGCAAGUUCUGGUCUCGAUUCAAGGGUUGAUUUUGAAUGCCAAACCCUAUUUCAACGAGCCAGGUUAUGCGAAUUUGGGUGGCACCAAGCAUGGUGAAGAGAAGUCAUUGGACUACAACGAGAGGACUUUCAUGUAUACCUUGCAGACGAUGGUGUACAGCAUGAGAAGGCCUCCGAAGCAUUUUGAGGCAUACGUCGUGGGCCACUACUGCAAGCGUGCACGAGAUAUCCUGGUGUCGUGCAGAGCCUACACGGAUGGAGCUCAGGUGGGGUGUCUCGUGAAAGGGGGCGUUCAGGAUGUGGACGAGGGCGACAAGAGCUGCUCGAUGGAAUUCAGGAACAACUUGGCUGGGUACAUCACGACACUCAUUAACGAGUUUACUAACAUCGGAGCCAAGGAUUGUGAACAGUUCCGGUCUUUAGCUCAAAAGGCGCCCGCACCCACUCCUGUCGUUCCUGGGACUGCGAGAUUCUACAUGUAGGCUGCUGAUCUGAUACUUGUCUUUGGGUUUUUCUUUGCAACUGAUUAUUUAUUUCAGAAACUACAGUUUUCCUUGUCAUGAUCCUAGACUGAUCUUUUUGUUUUUGUUUUGAUAAUAAUAGUUUUAAUUGUUAAUAUA